AUGGGCAGUUACGAGGAGCCAAUGGAUCAGGAACUACAGACCAGAACAGCAAAUCCAAGAUCACAGCCAAGGCCGUGGAGAGAGACGCCUCUGGUUGAGUCUGAGCCACUGUCGAAGGCAGCAGGAUGCCGCAUCUUCCUAAAGCUUGAGAAUCUGCAACCAGGCGGGUCUUUCAAAUCACGUAACUUGACCGAAACGCACUUCGAGCUCGAACUUCUCUCACUUGGUUAUGGGGGGAAUCUUAUGGGUAAUCAUGACCGAAAAGAUUUUUAUAAGAAGUAA